AUGGAGCGUCUGGCGGCAGCGGCAGCGGCAGCGGGCAGCAGCAGCAACAAGAUCAGAUCUGACGAAAGCCCAAAUCGCAAUCAACCAAGGAAACACGAUGGAUGCGGCCAACAAUUAUAUGCGCGAAAGAAGCAACGCAAAGAUGAGUGGGUGCCCCUGAAGCUUUGCUCCGCUCAGCUCAAUAUAGAAAAACACGGAAUUUUUGGCUUAGAAGGGGGGCAUACGCACAAGGGUACAGACAGACAGACCAGCCACCCGCCAAUGCCAAUUGUGAAGAAGAUGGGAUGGCACCAGCACCCGCACUCGCACCCGCAGCCGCACCCGCAGCCGCACCAGUCUGGCCUAUUUCACUGUGAGACACAAUUCUCUUCGAAGAAAAGGCUGAAGCUCGGUGGAGGGGCCAAACAGCAGCCGCGCAUGGGGGUCUGGGCAACACUGGGCAGCGUGGGAGUGGAUACUCUGUGCAGACCAGAAAUACGGAGUGGACAGACCAGCAUGAGUGCAGAUCAGACCGACCUCCUGCCGACUCGACGUCCGGGAUCCUCAAAGCGCACCGGGCACAAGGCACAAGAGCAGAAUAGCAGCAGCGGACGGCACUGCUUUGGAACAGUACCAGUACCAGUACCAACGAUGAGAUGGCAUGCCAUGAUACUACAAAACAUACUUGGGCUCAGAGAACACUCGAUCGAAUCGAAUGAGGGACCUGACGGGACCGACGACGAGCGGACGGUACCUGCUCCGACUCCAACUUUACUGUACACGCUAUCAAUCCCAAAAGAAAAUACACUCAUCCCCGUCGUGUACACAGCCGAGUUUCGCAAUUAUUCCGCCGAGGCGCCAAAAUCAAGCCGAAACCAUGGAUCGACGAAAGAUGAAAAUAGUAGUACUGCUACAACUCCUGCAGGAACGGGUGAAGAGCUUGCCUUGCUUGAACAAGAUGAGGCUGGAUCCCCUCCCCGGUGGCAGAUUUUAAGGAUUAAGGAGGCGUGGCCAGUUGUCACUACUCCGUACUCAAGCUUGAGCCGUUAUCACAUUACUAUCGAGUCUGGAGGAACGAACUCUUUCUUCUUCUUCUUCAUCAUCUUCUUGCUUUUUGCCGGCACCCCCGAUUGUAUGCAUAGCUAG